UGUUCAAUAAAGUUACUCAAAAAAGUUCACCAAGAACAGUAGUUUACGGCAUGACGUCAUGACGUAAACUAUUAUUAGCCCCCCUCAAUAAACGUUUAUUGUUUGAGGCAGGACUCCAGUCAGCGUUAGGUAGGAUGUUGCGCCUUCGUUGCAAGACCAAAAAUGGGAGCCACAUAAUGCAUGGUUUGACUCACCAGUCCUGCGUGCAGGAGCUUAAGUCUAAGGUGGAGGAGCUGACGGGGAUUCCUUGUGAUGUACAGAAAAUCAUGGUUGGUUACCCCCCAUCCAGCCUUGAUCUUCGAAAUGGAGACGCCCACCUCAAAGACUACCCCAUCAAAUCAGGAGACACCCUCAUUGUGGAGGAAGAGAAGAACAAGCCCAAGCCGCUCGACCAACCCGCCGUGAAAGCUCCGCCCCUGGAAGCCUCCCCUGUGCUGGCACGCCGUGUCGUCCCGGCGGACAACUCCUGCCUCUUCACCAGUGUGUACUACGUGGUGGAGGGGGGCGUGUACGACCCCGCCUGCGCACCUGAGAUGCGCGGCCUCAUCGCCCAGAUCGUGUCGAGUGACCCUGCGGCGUACUGCGAGGCCGUGCUGGGGAAAACCAACGAGGACUACUGCGCCUGGAUCCGCCGGGACGACACCUGGGGCGGGGCCAUCGAGGUCUCCAUACUGUCCAAGUUUUACCAGUGUGAGAUCUGCGUGGUGGACACUCAGACCGUGCGGGUGGACAGAUUCGGGGAGGACGCCGGCUACCACAAACGCGUGCUGCUCAUCUACGACGGCAUCCACUACGACCCGCUGCAUAAGGAGGUCCCCGGCUCCGACAGCCCGCCUCAGACUGUCUUCUCCACCACAGACGACGUCAUCCUGGCCCAGGCCCUCGAGUUAGCCGAUGAAGCUCGCCGCAAGCGGCAGUUCACGGACGUUAACCGCUUCGCGCUGCGCUGCAUGGUGUGCCAGACUGGCCUGGUGGGACAAAAGGAGGCCCGCGAGCACGCCAAGGAGACGGGCCACACUAAUUUUGGUGAAGUGUGAGACUCCGCCUCCCAACUUUGUGCCGCAGGCGUGGCUUCUCCGUGGGUCUGUCCGCUCGUGUGAUCCUCUACCUCACAUCACCCUGUGACAUCCGUGGAAACGUCUGUUCAGUAUUAAACCGCCGGAAGUGCCGGGAGUCUCAAACCUUCCCGACGGCGUUCAAUAAACCCACCCUCUCUGUCUUUAGGGUUUCUUAAACGGGGUCAAAACAUAUGCAAAUAGUUCUCAGGAUUUGUUUUGACCUGCAGAGAUCUCUCUCUUUUUAUGUGAGCCGUCGACCUCCUGAGUAGAAAAGCUCGACGGGCCGGUUCUGUUCGGUUCUCCAAAGAGUUCAAAACAGCCGCUAAGAAUUAUUUGCACUGUAGUGUGAUCCCAUUCACUGUUGUCUUAAUGCAACACAAAGGAUGACUGUUAUUGAUGCUGAGGGAGUCUGGUUUGUAGCUCGCUCUUUCUUUCUUUUCUUUUGUGUGAUUUUUAUUUUUUUGACUUUGUAUAAAAUGUGCCAUUUAUGACUUAAUUCAGAAUGAAUUGGGCAAUUUAAAUUAAGGUUGGAGUUAUAAUAAAAAGUAAAGUCCAGAUAA